AUGCUGCUGUGCAAGCAACAUGUUUGUAAGUUUAUGGUGAUGAAUGCGCUUCGAACCAUUACCCAGGUCAAACAAGCAUCGCGCGUGGCGGGACUGGCGCUUAACUCCAUCCACAAGGGCUUACACAUCGCUGAUGAUAUCCGAAACCUCGGUGCAGUGGGGAACACAAACGCGGGCGAAUCCAACCACAAGGACCUCAAGAAGUCACGACGUGACGCAUGUCUUCGGGCUGGGAACAACGAGGUACACAUCAUCAAGAACUGGAACGACAACCAAGCUCUGAAGUCACUGUCCGACAGCGUCACCUGGGAUGCGUGUGGUUUCGAGAACGGAAAGGAGAUGCGAAAGGAGGUGACAGCUGGACCGCUCUGUCGGGAAGUCCUCCAGGACGUUUUCGCCUUCUUGCCGGCGAUGCAACUGAGCCCAGCUUCGGUGGAAGACGGCACGACCACCGGGCGUCAAGGAGGGCGGCCUCACGGGUAUCAGCAGUGGACGGCCGACCUCAAGGGCGUGGACGCGGGCAUCGAACUUCAGACAUGGCAGGAGGAGGUGUUCAAAAUGCUCCCGUCGCCGCAGGAGCUUGACCAACACUACGCCGAUUAUUUUGGGUGCGGGCGGAUUGACGGAGAGGCGCCAUGCAACACGCGGACGUGCUCGUACUGCUGGAGAAACAGGACCUACAAAGACGGUCUUGUGCAUGAUAGCGUGGAGGUUUUCAACCACUGGGGCGGUGCACCGGGGGAAGCAAAUGCAGGUACGGGAACCGUCCGAGGGUGCCCGGUGAAGGACGCGGGUCGUCAUUCUGGGUGGACGCGGUCCACUGCAUCAAGGGGCAGUGACGUGGAGAUUUAUCUCACGGCCAAUGAUCAGCGGGAAGGACGAUAUGGACUAGAGCAAACGACUUUGGGCAAGGUCGCCUUCUUCUUUGAGCACCAGGGCAACCCUUGGCGGCGAGACGACGAAAGCAACGUUCUCCCUGAAGGGGAAUACACCAUCUGGAUGGCCGUGUCUGAGUACGUGACCGCCGGAGUGGGUAAUAACUUGCAGCUCCAUCACACAACAGGGUUGGCCGAGUUCAAGAUGCGUCACACCCUAACCUUCUACCCCACCCCGGCCAUUCGGCGUGUAGUCCAUAUGAUGCAUGCGUGUCCCACAUCUGGCGAAUCGGCCUGUGGUCUGGUACGCGAGAGCAAGCGGCAGUGGCGGUGCAACCUACUGGGGACCUCAACAUACCUGCUGAACAAGUACUUCCACAGUCCAGGGCGCGAUUCCAUCGACUAAAAUGUGAGUUCUGACGCUAACCCAGUCCUUCCGGCUAAUUCCGCGAGAAGAAAGAGGGCGGGGCAGUAUUGGUGGAGUCACCGAGAGAACACAACUUGAUAGUUCUCUCUCCGCCUGUUUUGAAUGUUUGGAGUUUUUUUGUUUGUGUGGGGGGAUGAGGGGUUAAACUUGUACCAGUGUCGAAGAAGUAGAACGCAAGUCGUAUCUGUGGCGGCCUUUCUCACUUGGUGUCCUUGCCUUGGCCACGUGAAGCAUGCCUUGGAUGGCGUUGUACUGAGGAUCACAUCCUUGGAAUGGAGCUUUUAGCUUCGUUUCUUUGGCGGUUGGGGUCGCCGCGCCCUCGUGUGGGCCGUUCUGAAGGAAGUGCGUUCUACGAAGUAUGUGUGCCUUGCGAAACCCGGCGCCGAAGGCUCAUGAUGAUGGCCGUGUUAUUUUUGGCGUCCGAAUUAUGACGAAGUAUUCUGUGGCUGAGUUUUUUUUUUUGCCGCGGAUGACAAAAAAUUCUGAUAAAUUUGCG